UCAUCAUCAUCAGCAGAGGAUUUUUUCUUCUCUCAAGAGUGAAAAUGGGCGAUUAUGAAGUGAUCGUUUUCACUGGCGGCUGUUACUCUGCCUCCACUUUUAAUAAGGUCUACAUUAAGCUGGUCGGCACUGACGGAGCGAGCGAGCGCACACACCUGUGGAGCUGUGUGCCAUCUUUCUACAGAGGAGCAGUAUCACACUUCAUUGUGUCCUGCCAAAAAUCCCUUGGACAGCUGGUGCUCAUAGAGCUGGAUAAAGAGCGUCACACACUCUCCCCAAACAAGGCUUGGUUUCCUGCCAAGGUGCACGUGACGUCCCCUGAAGGAGAAAGCUACCUUUUUCCUGUCUACCAGUGGAUCUCUGACAGCAACACUCACUACUUCAGAGAGGGGGCAGCUCGCACACUAAUUGAAGACAAGCACAGACUUCUUGGUCAGUACAGUCGGGAGAAGGAGCUCGUGCAGCGACAGAAGGUUUAUAGCUGGGACAAACAGGGAAUCGCCCACUUUAAAGCAGACAGUCUUUUAUUGCUGCCCUACGACAUCCGCUUCUCUUUGACCAAGACUGCAGAGAUGAUCUACACCGGAGCCACAGGACUGGGAAAGCUGGGGCUGAUGGGAUUACUUCAGUGUAACAAGUUUACUUGCCUUGAGGAUAUUUAUAAUCUGCUAAACGUCCACAAGACUCAAGUAUCAGAAUAUGUCUAUAAAAAUUGGAAGAAAGACGCCUUCUUUGGCUACCAGUUCCUAAAUGGUACCAACCCCAUGUUGAUCGAACGCUGUAAAGCACUGCCAGAGAACUUCCCUGUCUCUGAUAAAAUGGUGUUCUCUAACAGUCAGCAUCAUUUGGAGGAUGAAAUAGAGAAGGGUCACAUCUUCCUGUGUGACUACAAGCUUUUGGAUGGAGUGGAGCCAAACAUCAUCAGUGGGAAGCAGCAGUAUUUGACAGCCCCCCUCGUCCUGCUCUGGAAAAAUGAUGAAGAUGAGCUGGUGCCAGUUGCUAUUCAGCUGAAGCAGAACCCAGGUGAGGACAAUCCAAUCUUUUAUCCUUCUGAUUCUGAGUACGACUGGUUGAUGGCCAAGACUUUUGUGAGAAGUGCAAACUUCAACUUGUAUGAACUCGAUGCUCACCUGCUGCGCACUCACCUGCUGGCUGAGAUCUUUGCUGUGUCACUGCUGCGCAACAUCCCCAUGGUGCAUCCCCUGUACAAGCUCCUCAUACCUCACACCCGUUUCACUCUGAACAUCAACUUCUUAGCUCGGAAACGUUUAAUAUCUAAGGGAGGAUCCUUUGAUAAGUUCACAUCUUCUGGUGCAGAAGGUGCCCUCACAAUCCUGAAGAGAUCCCUGCCCUCAGUGACCUACAGCUCCCUUUGUAUCCCAGAUGAUAUCACAGAGCGUGGGCUGACCCAUGUUCCAAACUUCUACUACAGGGAUGAUGGACUCCGGCUCUGGGAGAUCAUCCACAGGUUUGUUAGUUCAAUACUCACUUUCUACUACAAGGAUGAUGCUGAUGUCCAGCACGACACUGAACUCCAGAACUGGAUUAAAGAGAUCUUUGAACAUGGAUUCAAUUCAAUAGAAAGCACAGGAAUCCCACAGAAAUUCACCACUGUGGCUGAGACGGUCAAGUUUGUCACCAUGGUGAUCUUCACCUGCUCUGCCCAGCACUCAGCUGUCAACGCUGGACAGUAUGACUUUGGUGGCUGGAUGCCCAACAGUCCUACCACCCUGGAUCUUCCCCCACCUACAAAAAAAGGGACAACAAGUGAACAAACAAUGCUGGAAGCGUUCCCCAGUGUUGGCACAACAGUGCAUGCCAUGGCCAGCAUAUGGCUCCUAAGCAUGCAGUCCUUUGACACAGUUCUUCUUGGCCAGUACCCAGAGAAGCAUUUCACUGAGAGGUUUCCAGUCCUGAAGAUAAAAGAAUUUCAAGAAGAGCUCAGAAAGCUGAGUGAAGACAUCAAAAGCAGAAACUCAGGCUUGGAUCUGCCGUACACAUACUUGGAUCCAGACGUGGUUGAAAACAGUGUGUCGAUUUGA